GGAGACCACCUUACUUGGGAGGAUAUACAGAAGAUGAAGUACUCUUGGAGUGUUGCUAGUGAAGUCUUGAGGAUAUCGACGCCAGGGUUUGGCGGGUUUAGAGAGGCUAUCACUGAUUUCACCUAUGAAGGGUUCACAGUACCAAAAGGCUCCAAGAUUUUCUGGACUUUUGACGCCACACACAAGAAUCCAAAAUACUUUCCUGAUCCUGAGAAGUUUGAGCCAUCAAGGUUUCAAGGAAACGGUCCAGCACCUUAUGCAUUUGUGCCAUUCGGGGGAGGACCACGCAUGUGUCCUGGAAAUGAGUAUGCUCGGGUGGUGAUACUUGUUUUCAUGCACAAUGUGGUGACAAAGUUUAGAUGGGAGAAAUUGAUUCCGGGCGAGAAUAUGAUAUAUUAUCCUGCUCCCAGGCCAGCUCGAGGGCUUCCAGUCAUUCUACAUCCUAACAAGCCUUGAAUUCUCCUAUUCAUUUUUGGUUCUUUGUUAAUACUUAAUGGAGCUACACUGCAAUCUUCCUGUCCUGUAAGUCAAAUA